CUGCUGCUGGCGGAGGCCGAAGGAGAAGGUGGCGGUGGAGGCGGUGGUCGAAGAGAAGAGUGCCCCGGAGCCAGAGAGGAAGGCGGCCCUCGCCCACCGCUCGUCCCCAAGAAAGUCCAGCGCCGCCGCCCCCACCACCUCCUCCUUCAGCGUCCUUGUUCCGUCCCCUCCACCUUUUCUUUCCUCCUCCUCCCCCCGCGUUUUCUCUGCCCAGCUACUUUAUUUCUCUUCUUUCCCCUCCGGGACAAUAGAACAGGGAGAUGUCCUCCUCCGGCAGCGGCCACCAGCACAGCCAGAGCCGCGCCAUCCCCACCAGGACGGUGCCCAUCAGCGACUCCUCGCAGCUACCUCAUGACUAUUGCACCACGCCCGGGGGCACCCUGUUCUCCACCACUCCUGGAGGUACUCGAAUCAUCUACGACCGCAAGUUUCUGUUAGACCGCCGCAAUUCUCCUAUGGCUCAAACCCCUCCUUGUCAUCUUCCAAAUAUCCCAGGAGUUACCAGCCCUGGUUCCAUGACUGAGGAUUCCAAAGUGGAAGUAAACAAUCUGAACAAUCAUGACGGAAAGCCUAUAAUUGGUGAUGAUGCUCAGUUUGAGAUGGACAUCUGAUCUUCUUGAGGGUAACCAUGGAGAGACAGCAACUCCUGAUCACCUGUGCAUACCCAGCUUGGCCAACAGGAUCAAUAACUUGAAGGAUGGAAGAAGAAGCCGCUGUUUCCACUAGUAUCCUCACUUCAGCUUUUGAAGUGCCAAAGGAUAAGAGGACAAUUUCCUCCCCUUUCCCUGAAACCUGUUAGCCAUACUUUGCUUCCCCUACCCAUCUGUUUUCCCUCUGCACACCCUUUAAAAAAAUCUCAAGUCUCCCUGGUCUGUGACUGAAUUGAAGCCCCUGGUAAAUUUAUAGAGCUAAGGAAUAUACCUUGGCUUCUCGCACUUUAGAGACAACUUAUCAAAUCAUGCACAUGCGAGAACAUACUUCCAUCAACAAUUGGAUAUUUAUUACAAAAUGCAGAAGGGCCAUGAAGGGGAGGGUUGGAUCUAUGCUUGAAGGGACCUGGCACUGCCAUUAUUCUCCCCUCUCUUAACUGCUGUUAACUUGAUGCCAGUUAAUUAACUAGUUCUGAUGUAGCUUUUCUUGAUGUGCAGAAUGCACUCCCUUGGGUUUUAAUCCUUGUUCCUCAACUUCUUCUAACUGGUUGGCAUAUCUUCACAUGUGGACACAGUCUCCUGGAAGAGCAUUGCUGCAACUUCUUUUGCCUUUCCCUUUAACAAGUUUCUAUCCUGUUCCUUUAUAGUAGGUAGACAACUUUGAAAGAGCCAUGUUUCAUCAUACAUCCAUUUCAUUUUCCAUUUCAUCCCAAGGAGUGCCCAUUAUUUUUUGGGGGGAUCUUUUCAGUUUCUCUGUUUGAACCCAUCAGUGUUAAAGGGAAACUACUUUUGUUCAGAUAUAAUUCAGGAGUGCCAUCCUUGAUGGUCCUGUAUACUGUUCCUCCAUAGUCCUUCAAUUUUGCUGCUGUUUUAAAGUCUUCUGAAUUCUUUGGAAAUCUACUAUUGUGCCAAAAGGAUUAAUUGAAAUAACCUGAAUAUGCUUGAUUAGGAUGGGUUUGGCAAGAGUCUGAUGCUUUUGAGAAAUUCCUGGCAGGUUUGGGGCACCCUAAGAAUUAAGUAGUGAGCUGUUGAAAUGUGCAGAGCUGAUUUUAUGAUGUGUAACUUCAGAAGAUACAGGGUGGUGGGUGGCCAUGUAGUUGGUAGACAAUUACUCUUCGCCACAGUCUUCCCUGGGGAAAAACCACCCAGCUGUUUCUAGGUCAUCAGUUUUCUCCAUGUUUCCUGAAUUUCACACAUUACUAUGUCAGCCAGAAGAGCCAUCAAAUGUCAGCCUUGAUCUGUCUUCAGAAUGUCUGAAUGAAUUGCUGCUGAUCUCCCUUAAUCCCACCCAUCUGAUCUUUUGCUCAUUCCCGGCAUAUUGGUGACCUAUUUACAUGCUGAUUACUUUGGCAUUGGUGAACUUUGCCCCAUGGAUUGCAGUCUGUCUCGUAUUGAAAAGGCUGUUACAGAAAAAGAGCACCUUUAAUAGGUAUUUCAGAGUAACCAGGCUAUCUCAUAAUUACUGCAAGUUUGUGUGGGGUGGGGAGAACGAGUUGAAUUCAGGCAGUGGGUCAGUGCCUCAGCAGCAGUGCUACUUGCUCAUCUGGACUGCAGAGGUGCUUCUCGCUAGGGCUGUGCUUUGGAUUUAGAUGAGGACUAGUUCUGUUGGGCUCUGAGGUGAAGCAUGCUUUCCUCCGAAGCUAACAGAACUGCGGCUGCUCCAGAACAAGGCAUAGUUUGCCAACUUGUGCUUCAGAUAUAAUAUGCACUCAGACUUUGAGGUCUCUAAAUAGCAUCUUCUCAUUUCUCUAAAUGCUGCAAGUGGAGGAGCGAGUGAGGUAAAAUGACAGGUCCACCUUCUAAUCCUAAGGCAUGUUGUACAAUGGGGCGCCAAUCAGUGUGCUAUAAGGGAGGGCAAAGAUGGGAAUGUGAGAUGGCCAUUUUUCCAAUGCUACUAUGCCCCACCAUGAACAAUGCUUAUACUUGUUUACAUGCAUCAUAUCUCCCUAUCUUUUGAGCCUGUCCUUCUGAAAAAUUUCCGGUUUCUUGCCUGGGGACAUCCCAAUUUGUUAUACAAAUUGACCAAAUGACCACUUGGGAUUGGGGGAGAAGGAGAGCAAAUUUCUCCCCCUUCAAAAUUGGAGAACUUGCAUUCCAGAUGUAUUAAUGUAUGUAUCUUCCUGAAAUUAACACAUUUCAUUCUUAGGAUCACCGCUAGGCUGCCUAUAAUUUUCAGAAGGAUGGUUCACAAGGAAGGUACUGGGAUAAGUAGGUCCCUUGUGGGCCCUCAAAAUAUUCAGGCUCUCUUGCACAAAAUUUCCUCUGGCAAUGGCAGGCUUCAUCUCCCUCAGAAGAGGCAACCGCCCCCAUUUAUCCAAUAUUGCCAAAUAAAAAGUCAUCCGUUCCUAUAAAAACAAUAAGAUGCAUAAUGCAAAAGGCACUGCAUGUAAUAUGGGUCUAAGGGGUUACCAUGGCAACAGCUGUUGCCCAGUUCUGAUCAAAAGAAAAAACGUUUUUACUUUUUUUAUUGGCUGCAGUUGUCAAGGGCUUCCACAGGUGGGUUCAGGUCAAAGCUGGGGACUGGGGUAUACCUCUUAAUAUUUAUUCUAUUUAAUUGGCUAGAUGAAUAAAUGAAAAAACUUCUACCUGCUUUUUUUUAAAUCUGCCCCUGAAAAUCAGGUAGCAGAUUUUUCUUUUAAAAUCAAGCAUGUUUAGUACUUAGCAAAAACUGCAGACGAUAGGCAGUGGGAGAGGUAUUCCCUUGUCUGUUAGUCACAAUAAGGAAUGUUUCUUAAGUGGUGCUUCCUAUGAUAUAUGUGCAUAAUGUACAAAGUAUUUUCUACUGCCCAAACUAGGUUGAUUUAGGGUUUCACAAUCCUAAAUACAUUUCGUUCGAGGGAUUCCCAUUGUAUUCCAUGGAGCUUACUCCCCAAAGUGUUUUAGGAUUGCAUCCCUUAGGGGAAUGCAGGUGGGAAAUGUGCGUCCCUCUCAGAUAGUGUGGAUUACAAUUCCCAUCAUCCCAUAACCAUGUGCUAUGAUGGCUAGACCUGAUGAAAGCUAGAGGCCGACAAGAUCUGGAGGGCCACAGGUUUCCUGCUGUUCAGCUAAGAUUGGCGGCUAAAAUUGGGUAACAGCCCCACUUCUUUCACUUACUGGUUUGUUGACCAUUACUUCUGAUUACUUCGGACAAUCCCCCAAGAGUGGUUGUGCCUGCUACCUCUCAUAACUUUCUGAAAAACAACUGAUUGUGUGAAAGGCUUGCAUCGGGCUUCACAGAUACAGCCAUGUCCCACAUGCAUUUUGUGGCUCAAAUGUAAUGAGCGGCAUGGGUCCCAGCCUCAGGCAUGUGGCAACCAAGCAGUGCUUGUAACCCACGAACCAGUGCUGAGAGACAGGCUGAACAUGUGCCAAGUGCAAUUAGACGUUGGCCAACCAGGAGACAGAGGACACUUCAACUCCGCUUAAUAAACUUGCCCUAUGAUUGCAGCCUUUAGAACAGAAAUCUUAAAUGCCCCUAAGUUUCUUUUUCAAUUGGCAAAGGUCAUUAGUUCCUUUUCGAUCAUUUAAAUGGGAUGAUAUGGUGAAAUCUUUUUAUCUUCUUUGUGAGUGUGCUCUAGUUUUGCAGGUGGCAGAGCACAGAACUUGCAGGUUUAUGCCCAAUUCAUUUUGUUUGCCUACUCUAAAAUGUGAAUAAUACAGGAGCAAAAUUUGCCUUGUAACCGUUGACCUCUCAGGAAUAGUAUCUGUUUGCAGUGUUUCUGGGGAAAGCAAUGCAGUGUUUGAAGCGGUAGCGUAAAAGUGAUUAAGCUGUGAUUAACAGAGGGAAAUGCUCUUGAGGUGCACUGUAAGCCUCUUGGUUUUGCUCAGGUUGCUACCAAAGUGCACUGCAAGUUCAGUCCAGAGUCAGAACACAGUUGGAUUUCCAUCCUGCCUCACACAUAAUCACCAGCAGUUGUUUCUGGAACCUCACUGGCUAUUCUGUCAAUGAGGCAGAAAGGAUACAGCUUUGCUCUACAGUGCUGACAGUAGUGGAACAUAUUUUCCAUGGACAAAACUAUUUUAUAGUGCAAUUCUAUGUAUGAUUACUCAGAAGUAUCUGCCACUAUGUUGAAUGGGGCUUACUUCCAGGUAAGUGUGCAUAAGAUUGCAAUCUUACUUGGAAAGAAGAAGAGGAGGAGAGGGUAGAACUUCAGGUGUUGGUAACAGCUGCUGCUGUAGCUCUUUUAAAAAUUGUUUUGGACUAAAGAAAUCACUGUUAUUUUCCCCUCUGCAUGGAUUUCAUUAAUAGGAAGGACCUCUAGUAGCUGAAUUCCUUUCAUGACGUUAAAGACACAAAAUGGAGCAAGUUUUUCCUUGUGUUGCAUUCAGCAUGCAAAGGCUACUGAUACGUAGUCUGUUCUACAAACCCAAGAGAAGGAAGGCUAUUCCAGUAAUCAAGUGCUCACCUGGAAUUUGCGUGAUCACAUUUCUGUCUCUUGCUCUGCUGCAGGUGCCCCUUGUUUCUUUGGGCAAGUCUCUUAAUCUCUCUGUGCCUCAGUUCCCCAGUUUGUAAAAUGGGGAUAAUAGACUCCUACCUCACAGGGUUGUUGUGAGGAUAAAUUUGUUGACAUUUGUAAGGUGCUCUGAGAAAAUCAUGAUGAGUGCUAUGAAAAAGCCAAUAAAUAUUUUCUUGAAAGCCCAGCAAAUUGGCUCAGUCAAGGCCAUGAAAGGCGCCCUUGUUACAGCAUCCCUUUGCUUCAUUUUCCUAGGGAUCUUGCUUGGCUACUAACAAUUUAGUGCAGUCUUUUUAACAAAUCAAAGGCCAGCCUAUUGGCUCUGUUGCUGGGGAGGUGGUAAAAAGCCCUUUGCAGCCUCCUCUGCUUCAUGCUGAAGGAAUUGGCCAAGGUGUACAAUUGGAAAGUGGGUCCUUGGGAUUGAGGGUGUUUGGCAGAGCCCACAGGGCCAGGUCACGGGCUGCCAGUCAUCGGCAACCCAGAUGCAUUGAGGACAGUCUGCCUGAUGACAAGUGGCAGUUUUUAUAUUGCAUCUGCUUGGGAGAAAACCCAAGUUACACGGUGUAAGAUAUAGAAGAAAUUCUUUGUAAAGUCUGCCUAAUUUCAUUCGGAGCACACAGUCUUCCAAGUGUUGCUCACUCACUGAUGUGCUGUUAUUACUUGGGGAGGGAGAGGCAAGAAGGAAAUGUGAAGGUCAAACCAGUUCCCCAUUAGGUUAUCAGUGGUGAUUAAACAGUCAAGGUUAUGAAUUCUGUGGCUUUACAUUUUAAAGUAUCAAUAUCUACUUAAGAGCAAAGACUUUUAAAAUAUGUGCUUUCCUGUUGUUAAUAAUACUAACCAAAAAUGAUAAAACUAAAAUACAGUAAAUCCAGAAUAUUUAUUGACAGCUUUCAGUCUGGAGGAGAUUCUUGACUGUAACCUUUUGGGCUGUACCUAACAGCCUUGUUCUCAGGCUGCCAUGCUGGGUCACAAAUGCUGUUGGAUAGCAUUUAAUUAGCAACUACACAUUGCAGGAACCGAGCAUUUUGUGUACCCUGGAUGUCACUUGUUAGAAUCCGAGAAAGCAGAGUUGGUUGCAUAUUGAUAAAACCUAAAAUUCGAAUGUUAACCGCUUUGUGAAAUCCAAUAUUGUGUGGUCCAGUGAAACCUUAUGCAGAGAUGGGGCAGAUGUUGAAAUAGCUCCCAGUUGUCUGGACCCAUCUUUAAACUUUGGGCUGCUGUUGGAAUGAGGCAGCCAGUGUCACUAAUAAGACACUUACUGUAAAUGAUCAUCCUUUUGAUUGCUGGAUGUAUGUUGAAUGUGUGUGCGCACGUGCGUGUGCACACCCACCUUUUUCUCUUUUCAAAUGCAGUUAAAACCAGGCAGGGAUCACCAGCAAAAUUGGGCGUUUACAAACAUGCAUAAUGCAUACCCUCCACACCACAUGUCAAAGAAAAGUUUGCAAAUACAUGAUCACAUGAGGCGCUUGUCUCUGUUGGAUCACAGAGUAGCUUUACAUAAUGUUGACUUUUUAAGGCUACUUUGUUAAUAUAGACGCAUGUUAGCAGCAGCCUAAUAUGCAUUCUAGCAGAUUAUUAAGUUUUACGGACAUUUGGAAGAACUGCAUAGGUUACCUGAACAUUUGUUUAGUAAUAAUAGCUUUUUUCAGCAGUUUCUUUUCUGAAACCAGUUGGUUUAACAAACUACAGAUUAUACUAACUUUAACUUUGUUAAUGUAUUCUAUCCUAAAAGCACAUUGAUUUCUUUUAAAAGAAAACAUCUCCGAGGCCCAAGGAUUGAGGCGUAUCAGUGCAGCUACUAAAAAAUAAGGCAAGAAGCUUCAUUUCCCUUAGUUCCUGAUUCUUCCUGCUGCAUGGCACAUAAUCCUGGUGAUUAAAUUACAGGUUUUUUAAUUUUAAAGUUGUUCAGUUUUAAUGUGUAGUGGGAUUAGAGACCUGUAUCUGCAUCUCACAUGGCAAAUUAAGGAUUAGCAAAUCUUUAAUUUGUGCAGGUCAAUUCUUUCUAUAAGCCAUCUUUGAUUGGCCUGAUUGGAAGCUGCCACUGUAACACACAAAGCCAGAAGUAAUGGGUUGUGUACAGUUCUAACAUGAGCAGUUUCAUAAGCAGCAUGCGUCCUUGCAAACUGUGGGUUAAAUAGCCUACAGUUUCCUGCUCUGAUGUGCGAACUGAGCCAUUAUUUCACACAUUGGAGCUUUAUGUCUGCAGUCAAAAUGUAAUAACCCUUGAUACGCAGAUUAGAUUUUUCCGGCUGGCCCUCACUUUGAAUUCUUUGUGUUGUCUUGAAAAGGCUAAAAUACUACGGUUUAUGUUACACAGAGGAAAGAAUUAUGGCAGGAAUCAUGAGGACGCUUGCUUGCCCCAUUUGUGAAUGGGCCAAUGCAAAGGUGGCCUGCCUGUAGGAAAUCGACAUGGGCUAAAAGAAAUUUGCCUUAAUAGACUGACCCUACACAUUUCCCACUGAGUUCAGUAUGACUGAUUUCCACAUAAUUUUGCAUAAGGUUGCAGCCUAAGCUUUCCAUCAGUUGGUUUGUCUACUUUGUAACUUGACGUUUGCACUUUAUUAAAUUCAUAGCAAAUCAACACAUCUUUAAUGUCUUGAAAUUUGCUUUGUAGACGUAGAUGUUCUCACAGGAGUGGAGCCCAAAUGAGAUCAGUGGGGCUGCUGCACUGUUUUAGCAGUGUAGGCUAAUGGAACUGAUUGCAAACCUUCUUAUGGAAAGUUAAGGUUUGCUUAGGUCUUCCAUGCCCCACUUCCUGCCCAGCAGUGCAGUGCAGUGCAAUUUUCUAGAAUUACAUUAAGGAAUAAGGUUUAAUCUUUGGCAGCUGUGUAAAAAUUUUGCUGCCAGUGUUUAUGCUGUAUGGACUUUACUUGAAGGAUUUCUACCUGAUGGCCAACUGAGUAGAAAACCCCAUUUUUCUGAAAAGAACUUGCCAUUGCUUUCUCAGUCCUGCAUUUUCAUAAAUGCAGUCGUCAGUCUGAUAGCCUUAUAGUCUGUCUUCCUCUGGAAGAGGCCUCCAAAGUUAAAUGACUGGCAGAUUUUUCCCCUCCAUAUUCCUGCUUUUUUAAAAAGCAGCGCUUGACGGUUGAUACUGCAAGUGUUCUUCUGAUAACACUGGUCUGUCCCAAUCAGUUUAGAAGAGUAAGACUCCAAUGUUUAGUCAGCUAACUGCUUCAGAACAUUUUGGUCAAAUAAAAUAAUUCCAUUUAAAAAAAAUACUAGACUACAUAGACUUGGAGAACUUACACCAAAGCUUUCCCCAGCUGGUGCCCUUCAAAAGUGUUGGACUACCACUUCCAUCUUUCCAAACCAGCAUGUCCUUUGGUAUGAUGGGAGUUGUAAUGGAAAAAUUUAAAGAGCACCCACUUGGGGAAGGCCAACUUACUGAAAUGGCAGAUGACACGCACCACCGUUUCCCCUCCUGUAUAAGAGAACAGGGUGGAAUCUUCUAAGAUUAUUUUUCCUGUAACACGGGCUUGUGUCAUCCAUGUCUUAUAUGUUUUUCUUUAGAACUAAGGUUUUCUCAUGUACAAAUAUUUGCAGGUUGAUUAAAUUGACCAAAACUCCUAUGAACACUAUUUCUUUACUAGAUUUAUAGCCUUAUGGAUUAAUCUCUAUUAAUAGUCUUAUGCAGUUAGUGAUGGAUGAUAAAUCAGGAAUUCCCACCUUCUCUAUCCCAGGGCUGCUCCGUUCUACUGUCAGUUUUCUAGAAGCCAGAACAAUGUCUUGCCAUACACACCAACGUCCUCCUGUAUGGUCAGGCUAUGUAAUAUACUGGGUGUAAUUAAUGCAGUAAAAGGAUUUUGCCCAAGUACAAGUGCUCCAUAAUUCAGGAAUUGCAUAGAAAAUCCAGAGCAAAUGCUAGAGCUAUAUGCAAAGUAUUUCUCCUGCUGUUCACAGACAUAUUUUUCCUUGUAAUGACAUUGUAGGAAAAUUUUUACCAUGGCUUUUGAUUAAAAUUUGGUAGGGCCACCAAGAAAUAGUGGCUUGGAUAUGGCAGGACUGGAUGUGAGGAAAGGAAAGACGAUUGUAUAGUAAUUUGUAUAACAAGACACCUAAGGGUGACUCCUCAACAAUGCUGGAUGAGAUCAGUUAUCUCAUAAUUAGUGCGGCAUUCUGUUCCCACAGUGGCCAAACCCACAAGCAGGAUGUGAUACAGUAGCAUCCUCCCACUUCAUAGUAUUCCCUAGCUACUGGAUAUCAGACCCAUGCUUUCUCUGACACUGGUGUUUAUUCGAUCCAUAAUGAGCAGUAACUAUUGAUAUUUUUUCCUCCAUCCUACAAAGACAUACCCAAAAUUAAUCGGAUAACAUGCUGCAAAAAACAUGUCCCUGAAAAGGGUGCUUAGAUACGCUAUUUGGGGGCACGUUGCUGAAUGGCAGGCAUUUUUAAUGUAUUUUCAUUUGAGAAUGUCAUUUGGGAAACUCGUGCUGAAAAAGUGAAACAUACAGUGCAUAUAUUUGCUUAGAACUGGGGAGUUGGCAGAGCACCCAUCUCUGUAGUUCUUCUAUUUGACAACUGACCCUUCAAAUGUCUGAUGUGACUGCUAUUGAAUGAAAACUGUCAGGAGGCUAAGUGCUUUGCCUUACUUUUCCAUCUUUAUAUAUAAAAAACAGUUGAGUAUUUCUUCAAGCCCCAUUGCUUGGCUGUCCUGGUACUACAGUUAUUUAUGUUGAUACUGAAGCUGCAAUUUGUUUAUAUGCUGUAUUUCUUGUGGCAUAGCAAUUCAGAUACUGGGUUUUCCAAGGAGCACAGUCCUUAACUAAAAUUGAGGUAUUUAAACUUAAUUUAGCUAAGAAUUUGGCAAUUUUUCACAACUGUCUUUUUAGUCCAAUUUUCAUUCUUUUCACUGUUGCACUGCCUUGUAUCUGGCACUCUCCAACUGGUUCUUGGAACCAGGAGGUUGGUGUGGAUGCUUCUUGAGUAGUCUAAAAUAGUUGGCAUAAAUGAGCCACUUCUGGGGGAAGGGAGUUUGCUACAGUCUGAAAGCAUGACUGAUAUCAGGAAUACAUAGUGCAACUGUGUUUUUUUUCUCCUUAAGCAAUUCUUUCCCUUCAAAGAUUCAUAUUUGUAAUUCUUUCUUGCAUCUCUUUUGGGGGGGCAUAAAUCUAUUUUAACAGUGGUAAAAGAAUUGAAAGCAGUGCUUGCCAUUGCUCAUGGCUACUGUGAUUUAUUUUUGUUAUAUUAGUAACCCCUUUAGGUAUACUGAACAAGCAACAGAUAAUGGAUGUUUAUAUGUGGCCUUGGAAUGUGUCUAGUGGUAUACUAGAGUACCAUAAUGUUGUUGUUGUUGUUGUUGUAACUAUGGAGAGGACAGAAGCCACAUUUUGAAUACUUGGCCAAAUCAGUACUGAAGUUCUUACUGUCACCAAAGAUAAUUUCCCCAGUGUGUCAAUAGAAACAUUUCCACCAAUGAAAAAUGCUUCCUGGGCCAAAUUAUUUGGGGGUUCUCUUACAGUCUAUGGUAGUUAGUGAUGGGGUGCAAGUUGCUUACCUGGUUUGCAUUUGUAAUUCAACUAGGGCUCCAUUCUUUGAGCAGUGGUGCUAGUUUCAUUAAGGUAGGGAUGGGCAAAAGGUAAUCAGGAACUACUAGUAUAUUGGCAAAGGUUUCUAAUAGUAACUACAAAGGAAAAACUCUACCACCAUCCCUAAAUUACAUGACUGAAAAAUAAUGCUGAGUGGGAUAAAAUUCAUAGUGGACUUUUGUAUGAAAGGAUUUGUGAGCUUGGUACUGUGAUAAAUUCCUAAACUGGGUAUGUGCUGAGAGGCACCCUGUCCUUUAAUUUCUUAAUUCUUAGUGUAUGUUUACUUGCUUGACCCAUUAUAGUUACCCGGCUUUGGUGGAUGAACCUAAAGCUUCUCACAAAACAAAAACGACCCAAAGUAGAUCCUGUAAGAUUGAAGGCUGUCCACCCCUUAACAAAUCGAAGGAUGGUUUUCACAUCAGUAGACCAUUUCGUGCUGUGGAUCCCUUCGAGCUAUCAUCACCAUCUUCUCAUCAAGGAGCGGCAUUUUAUGCCAUCCUUGAGUACUUGCUUUCCACUGCCAUCACAGUAAUAAUAAUAUCUCUUCGCAAUUUCUGGUGCCUCUCAUUUGUUCAUGGUACUUAUGUCCUUGAUAUUUCAGUUGAUUGUUAUUUCCAUUUAGCAGUUAGAGUUGGUCAUAUUCUGUAUUUUCCUGUAGAUCUUACAACUGGAUUAGUUUAGUACUUGGGAUCUUUUGGUAUCAAAAAUGCAGAGAUCUUCACUCCGCCCCCACCCCAAGUUCUGUUCAUUUUAUCUUUCUCUUAAUGUAUAUGGCUGUUUGAUGUAGCACAGAGUUUUAACUCCCAGUUUCUUUCUACCCAUGAGCUUGGGGAACAGAACCUUCUCUAUUUUUGUUAAUAAUGUUCUACAGUGGUUAGGAGUUCAUGUAGGAAAUCUUGAUAGGCAUUUCGAGUGGUGCCUCUUCUUAAACUUUAUGCCCCUGUUAACAAGAUCGAUGUUUUGUUAUGUGAACUGAACUAGGGUAUGACAGUUCAUAAAACAGAUGGCAGCAAACAAAUUUUCCUUAUGCAAAUGUUGCAUGGUAAUAAGCUGCUUGCCUUUUUUGCCCCCCUCAUCCUGAUGCUAGGCUGCACAGGGAGAGUGGUAGUUUGAAAGGUUUGCUUUUGCUAGUCAUCUGCAAAAAUUGGGUAACUGUGGAAAAAGAGAUCUGUAGAGUGGAGAGAGGGUGAGUGCAAAAUAUAUGUAUGUGGGUGGAUGUUUAUGCACACACAGAUAUAUAAAUAUAUAUAUAUUACUUUUAGGAAAAAGCUGUAUUGAUUAUUUUAAUGCAGGAAGAAAUGACUUAGGACUGAUUUAUAUGGAAUUAUCUGGUUUAGCAGAUAUGUUUCACCAAACCAGUUUUACACACAUCGAGGGUAACUUAUCUAAAACGGCAACCCAAGUGGCAAAUGCAGCAGCAACCAGAUCUAAAAAUAUUGUAUGUAAUCAAACAAGAUAUGAGGGGAAAUUCAUCAGCACCUUGGUCCCUGUUUACAUGAGGAAUGCAAUGAAACUAACCUUGCUCCUCCAUCUUCCCCCUCAUGUCUCCAUCACUGCAAGAUGGCGAUCCAGUGUGCCUUUCUUCACCUUAGUCAGGGGAAGAACUAUUUAUAACAUGGCAGAGCAGCUUGCUUUUGGGGGCUUUUGUUGGGAGAAAUGAAAAGGCUGCUGCCAGUAAGAUGACGGAAUGUUCAUGACACAUUUAAGGACUUUUGAUUCUACAUGCCGCCCUUCCCAUUUAUUGCCCCUUCACUCCCUCACCUCCAUAUUCUUUGUUUAAAUGUAAUCCUGUUUGUUUGUUUUUUAAAAAUACGAACAGAGAGUGUCCAAACAAUCACUGGGCUACUUCUGUACAAAUCUGGUCUUUACUGAAACAGGUGUUUGGGAAAACACUCUCACCAAUGGUUGCUGUUACAGUGAGAUCAAUAAAAGAUCUUGAUUAUA